AUGUCGGGACCAAUAGGUAGCCACCAACCAAAUGGUAAUGGACCCGUACUCAAAAAAAAAACAGUUAAAGAUUAUCAAUUUGGAACCCGGAUUGGGGAAGGAUCGUACUCUACGGUGUUUUCUGCACUUGAUGUUCAUAGCAACAAAACAUACGCUAUCAAGGUGCUUUCGAAGAGACAUGUUGUUAAGGAAGAUAAGAUCAAAUAUGUGAAUAUCGAGAAAACUACGUUACAUAGGUUGGGACAGCAGCACCCGGGGAUCGUACAGUUGUAUUAUACCUUCCAGGAUGAAAGCAGUCUCUUUUUUGUGUUGGACUUUGCAGAAUACGGAGAGUUACUCUCCAUUAUCCGAAAAUUUGGAUCCUUGUCAGAGUCGGUCCUGAAGUUCUAUAUGAGCCAGAUAUUGGAUGCAGUGAGCUUCAUUCACCUGAAGGGAGUAAUUCACAGAGAUUUGAAGCCGGAAAAUAUCUUGGUGGGCCAUGAUUUCAACUUGAAGAUUACUGAUUUCGGGGCUGCAAAGCUCCUUGGUAACACUUCUGACGAAUCAGGCGAGAAAAUCGAUUAUAAGGGCAUAAACCAAGAAUCCAACAACGGCCACCAUGACCACGACCGCAGGGGUUCCUUUGUGGGAACUGCGGAAUAUGUAUCUCCUGAAUUAUUAAAGCAUAAUUUGUGUGGGAUCGAAUCCGACGUAUGGGCACUCGGUUGCAUCUUGUACCAAUUUUUCCAUGGUAAUCCACCAUUUAAAGGCUCUACUGAAUAUUUGACAUUUGAAAAGAUUAUCAACGUUGAAUACAAAUAUCGUCCUAAUGCAGUCCCACCAGAUGUUGUAACUAUUAUCGACCAAUUGUUAGUAGCUGAACCCCUGCAAAGACUUACAAUCCCCCAAAUUAUGGCUAGUAGAUGGUUCAGUGAUAUACAUUGGGCGGACCAGACUUAUAUUUGGGGACGUAAAGUUCCAAGAAUCGAGCCUUACAACUCGGAGAAUGGAACAAGCAGUUCGUUGCCAACCCCUUCGGCAUCCCCGUAUAUACCAGCUAUGAAGACUGGAUCGAAUAGAAAUAUGAACAAAUCCUCUUCACACCAGCAACUACAUUCACAGAUUCAACAGUUGGACUUGAAUUUGAUCCCAUCUGUGGGAUCAAAGACUUAUCAGCCGGCAACAAAAAUAAAGAAGAAUUUUAUGCCUCCCACAAGUGCUUCAGCGGAAGUUCCAUUGACUCCUCCAUUAACAAACAAUUAUAAGUCACCUGCAUCGGGUCAAUUCAGUCAACGUCCCAUGCAGAAGCAACGUCAAAAUAGUGCCCCCGUCGUUCCACAGAUGAAUAAUGGGAUGAACAAUAUCGCGAGACUAAAUAUGGCAAACACUCCUAGAACUCCAGAAGCUGAACAUGGAUUUCCUAAGCCUAACCCAUCACCGGACGCAAAUAAAGGUCAACGUGCAAAUUUACGUUCUAACACUGCAUUUGCUGGUAUAGCUAGUUCGCAGCAAGCAAGAAAUUUUCAUAAUAGACAAUAUUCGACAGGAUCAACUCAAUUUUAUAAUAAAUCGAACUCGCAGCCAGGACCUUCAGCACAGCAAGGCCAACAAUUCGCCCAAGCGCCAAACCAGCAACAACAACAACAGCAACAGCAGACUACUCCUCAAGUGAUCCAACCAUCAUAUGCAGCUGCUGCUGCUGCUGCAAACGUUUCUCAGAGAAACAAUACUUCUCCAACAAUACCUCAGAUGAACAGAAAUUCGCCUGUAGAACGCAACAGCUUCCAACGUCCAUCACCCCCCGUAUCAAGGCCUAGAUCACCUCAACAAGAUUCAACUAAAUUUGUGAAAAAGACCAGUAGUACAAGAGAACCACCAUCAAAAAUGAAUGGCAAUUCCUCAACUACUAAUGAGAAGCCUAGUGAGACAUACACUGAUCAAAGUAUAAAGUUCAGGGAAAUUCAUGGCUUACUUGAACCUACUGAGAAAAUUUUAAAGAUGGAUGUCAUCUUGAGACUGACUUUAAGUAAUAAAGAAGUAAAUAGAGACACUUCUCAGCUGUUAGAUGAUUCCAUGAUUGAUGAUUUGAUCACCAGAUUCAACAACACCUUAGAGAGGACAUCAGUACCUGUCAUUACGGUGAUAACAAACCAAGCUCGAGUAUUUUUUAUUGAUGGCUCUCUUAAUGUGAUGAUGGUUGAUUUGAAAGCAAAUCAAGGUGGAGAUUAUCUGAUGUAUGACUACGAAUUCGAAAGUAUCAGCGUUGAAGAUGAAGAUGGAAGUAUUGAAGAAGGACAAGAGGUAUAUGGCUAUCUUAUUUUGGAGUUAAUAAGAGAGAAGGGUGAUUUGAUAUUCCUUAAAAGAGUCAGCGAUAUGAACUCUCCUUUAAUCAAGGAAUCUGUAAAGGUUCUCGAUAAAGAUGGACACGAAAUCAAACUCGGUAAAAAUUACGGGUGGAUUGAUUGCCUUCUCAUGGCUAAGGAAAUGGUAGAUACUAAUAAAACAUCCAACAGGAAUGGUAAAACCAAAAACGCUCCGAAACAAACGCAGAAAGUACCAGGCAAGAAGCCAAAACAAAAGGUACCUAGCUCGAGUAGUACAAGGUCAGAGACUUCUUCAAGUGUGCCUAAGAAUGCCAGUAAAUUGGCUUAUGCUGCCGCUGCCGCGGCCCACAAGUAA